AUUUCUGUGUCAGCUGUGUACAAUACUUGAUUGUGUACUUUGAAGCAGAAAAUUCCCAGAACAAUGAGGUAAGCUAUGUCAGUUUCAUUUAUUUUCACGCCAACUUUAACAACUUACGCGAAAUCAUAUUCUGCACGACUGAGUGUGAUUUUGAGCUCUCAACUUUGAACUGGAUAUCACUUUACCACUCAGCUGAACUUAGUUAUAGUUAACUUGCUUGCCAAUGUUGUAGUACCACAGUGAGUACAGCUGUUGUAAAACAGGGGUUCUGAACUGACACCAUUUUGCCUAGUAGCUGUCGUUGAGGACUUACCCUGAAGAAUAUACAGUCGAACACCGACAACUCGAUGGCUAAUCAUUUUGCCGUUUCCGAGGAAAUAAGUUAGAUUGCACUGUACCAUACUGAAGGACUGAAAAGUCAGUAAUCACUAUCUUUAACAUGGCAAAUUGAAUUUUGGAAUCCACCCCGAUAACUCGAACCCUCGCUAACUCAAAGCGCUUUUUGUUUCCCUUCAGAGUUCGAGUUACCGUGGUUCUUCUUUAUUGCAUUCACGCCUGAAGUCUUCCAGGUUCUACUGUAUUGCAUUUCACACAUGAAAUCUUCCAUAAGUUGUGGGUCAUCCCCUGAAGAAUUUCUCAAGUUUUUUUUUUCUAUAAAGAGUUGCAUGAAUUCUCUAUUACCCUUUGGUGUGGUUGUUCAAAAGAUGGAUAACACCAUAGUUAAUAGAGUGGAAUGGUUAUGAAGCCGGUCAGACUCUUUUGUUAUACAGGGCUUCUAAUGAAGAUUUCCUUGAAAAUUAAGGUUUCACUCCAAAGAAAUUCCUACCAAUUUGUUUGCACUUCCCCUGAUAAAAUCCUCCUUGCUUUUAAAUUACCCCUGAAGAAUUCAGAAUUGUUCUAAACCUGGGGGAUGCUAAAUUGAUGCAUAUUUCCUGUUUAAAUGGUAGUUGAAAAGUCCUGCCACCUUAAACCUUCACUUAGCUUUAUUAAGACUGUAUCAUGUCUUGUGGUGAUAUUAUUAUUUUUAUGGCAUGUACUUUAAAAGUUUGCUCUAUUCAAAACCACUAAGACAUACAAAACCAGUUUUUUUCGACAAGGCUUAAAUAUUGUUCUUACAAAAUGUAAUUCUUUUUCAUCCUGAUGAUCACAUAUUUCUUUGCACUUGAAACCUAAAAAAGGAAACUGAGAAUUUCAAGAACAAUGAGGUUGAACCAUAUUUCUGCAACCAGUAUUGUGAUUAAAUUAUUCAAGUUUUAAUUGAUGUGGAAUUUAUCUGACUGGUAAUUGUACACCUUACAUUUUAGAUCUCACAUUGAUCUCAACAUACUAUAGUCUUGAUAGUGAUGUGUGAAAACUCAAAAAAACCAAAUGAAAGUGGAAAACAUUUGACGAUUGACGAGAAAGCUGCUGCCAACUUUGUAGACUGUUCCAAAUUAUCUGGUGAAAGCCCUGUUCAAAUAAGUGAACGUACUAGGGCCCUUAGUAAUGACGUGUGGGAGACAUUCUUUGAUGCUGAUGGCAGAGUGGUGAACGAAUCAGCUCUCAGGAAAGCAGUAUUCAAAGGUAUCAUAUAAUGUCAUGAAAGAUACCGUAAAAUUCCGAAAAUAAGCCCUGGGGCUUAUAUUUUUCAAAGGCCCUUUUUGAGGGGCUUAUUUUUGUAGAGGCUUAUAUUCAGGGGGGCUUAUCAAUGGAGGGAAAUUUGUGUUUCAAAAUCGAUUAGGCUCGCCUUUUAGUUGGAACGAAAUUUACCGGUUUUGCUUUGUUUUACCUUGUAUUUGAGGGCAAUUUCCAAGUACAAGCCCCUGGGGGCUUAUAUUUGGAGGGGUGAUUUAACGGCGGGUUUUUUGCAUUACUAGUUUGGGGGGCUUAUACAUGGAGGGGCUUAUUUUCAGAAUUUUACGGUAUUAAUCACUGUGGAUAAUGCAUAUAAAGGGUUUAGUUUUAUCAUUUGUCUCACAAUUGUCACUUUGAUAUUGAUCGCGACAUUUCGACUGCACAUUGCAGGUCUUCGUCAGGUGAAAGUGUCAGUUUACUGAGUCGAACUAUUUGUAUCACUGUGGUUGUUAGUGAUUUGUGUAUCACAAACCUGACACUCAUGGUUGGUGGGUUUUGAUCCAAGACAUUGUUGGCAUUUUCUUUGUCUCUCAAUGCCAACAAUGCUUUGGAUCAAAACCCACCAACCAUGAACAAGGAUUGUGAUACACCAAUCACUAAUAAACACGGUGAUACAAAUAGUUUGCAUCUGUUUAGUGCCCCCGUGGCACACACUUUGUAUUGAAAUGUCUUGUUGCCAUCUGGCUGUAAACUUGUAAGUGGGGGUCCUGUGCAGUAACAUAAAUUUACUUUUGUGUUUUUUGAAAUUAUAUUUUAGGUGGAAUUGAUUACAGGAUUAGAAAGGAAGUGUGGAGUUUUUUGUUUGGAUUAUAUCCAUUUUCGUCCACAAGGAGGUACUGUAUUAAACAUCAUACUACACUGUGCAAUAUCAUUUCAUUUCUAAAUUUCAGCUUUUUUACCGACAUGUACAUGUAAAUUACUAAGGACCUAAGACUAAGAAAAUUUUAAAGGCUGCCGUGACAAAAAGAGCGCUGUCAAUGAGAUAAAAUUAGUGUUUUCUUCAUUUUCUCUGUCCAUUCAAUAGUACUUUGUAAUACAAGUCAUGUAAAUUCAACUAGCCAUGAUUAUUACGGUACUAAUACACAAAUAUUUGAUUUAAUUCUAGAGAAAGAGAAGCCCUUUCUGCUGAGAAUGAUGCCCGAUACCAAGCUUUGAAAAUGAGAUGGAAAGAACUUGUACAGACAUUCGAGCCCCCAGUUAAUCCAGACAUCCCUGAAUCAAUACCUUUAUACUUACGUGAAUGUCAGAGCUGUAACGCUGAACUCAAUGAACUAAAUGCUCAAGGAAACCAUGAACAAGAAGUUCCACUGGUAGGAGAGGAUCGAGUUGUGUUUCUGACUUUGACAGCAAAGGUUUGUUUGAUAUCUGGUUAUUAGGUAUGUUUUGAACAGUGUUCCAUGUGUUGCACUUCAUAUGUGAGCUUUGUCCGUAUUCACCAAAGUCAGGGUUCCUUCCGUGAGUCUGCUGGUUCUAAACUUACAUGAACAUGUAGUUUAUUAAUAUAUAGAUUUAGCCAGGGCUAAAAGCGAAGCUCCCGUUAAUAAAUUCAUAAUUUAAAUGAAACAAUAAACUUGCAAUCCACAGAUCAGGGUACAUUCAUGUGACUUUUGAGGCAAAGGCUAAGUGAUUUUAGAGAAAAAUAAUUUGACAGUCCAGGAGUGAAACAAACUUUACAUUGAGUUAGUAGUCUUAUUUGUACACCCAAAAAUAGCAAUCAUGUUCGAUCACAGUAGAUUAGGCCUGGAAAGUGUAUUGUAUUUGCAUUAGCUGUUGCAUCAUAAUGUGGCAUUCACCAGUCUCUCCAACAUUGCUCCGUUUGAGAGACUAAUAAUUGGACAACCCUGAAAUAUAAUACUAUGAAGGAACGGUGAAGCAGACUAUUUUUCCCGAAACUUCGUGUACACAUUAAGGACAACAACAACUUGCCACAUGAUAAGUUUCAUCGAUUUUUAUUUCCAUUUUCUAGCAAAUUUCCAGACCUAAACUUCGCCACAUAUGUUCUCUAUAUUUAACCAUGUUAUGAAAUCCGAACGUGGCACUAACAGUGAGCCUGGGUUACCUGUGAUCAAAGCACGCCCUUCCUUUGCACAACAAAUUAUAGCAUUGAGCACAUUAUAAAACGUUUUCAUGAAGAGAAUUCCAUAAUGCCGGGACUUUUCAGUUAGAAAAAUCUGUUCCUAUGUGAUAUGCAGUUUAAUAAUUAUGGGCUUUUAGUGAAAACGAUGAAAAAAAUUCCCAAAAUCACCUUUUCGGCCAGCCGGACGGGUUCUCACUUUUGACAGGCACCAAAUUUGCAGUGCGAUUAAAAGAGUUACGCUUCAACAUGAUAGAGAUUUUGUUAUGUUUAGGUUUUAUUUCCCUGUAUUUGUAAAACUGUUUAUGGUCUUGUUAUGUGUAAUCUUUAAAAGCUAGUGAUUAUUUACGCGCUGCGUUUUGAGUAUUCCUGCAUGCGAUGUUUAUGUUCGACUCGAAACAACCGGUGCAGCGAUAAAAAUUGCGAGAGGGACUACUAACAAUCAAUAAAAUAAAUAUAAUUCGGUGAAACAUGUACAGAGACAAUAAUUUUCAUUCACGAAGACAACUAUUGAGAGUAAAGUGUCUCUGAAAAUCAUGAGUCAGGUAAGCAUAUAAAGCUUAUUUAUGUUUUAAGCCGGCUUCCCGGUGUCUGCUCUUUUGCAAGAUGAACUCGAGGCAAGAAAAUCGCUCAGAGCUUUCUGUUUACAGCCAAAAUCAUAACUAAAUAUUCUUCGGAACCUUUUCUUUGAAUUUGCGGUCAAAAGACGUCUAAAGGAUUUUUAAACCUGAUACUAUUGUAGGUUAGAUCAUUGCUCGUGUAUAAACUUAAGCCGCAUAAACAAUACGCUCGACGUCAGGAAACCGAAAAAAAAAACACACAUCAAAGACAAUAAUUGCUCAGGCUUACCAGUCGAGAUGCUGCUUCUGAAGGUCAUCAAGUGUUCCAGAAUCGCUUGAGACUUUUCAACCCUCUUACGCCUCAAGCAAGGGCAAGUGAGUAGGCUCAUUUUUGAAAACGAUGCCAUCCGAAAUCGGAUUUCCAAAGACUUUGACAAGCGGUGCAUUUGUCAAUAAAAGCGCAAUAAACAAACCAGCCAUGAAUUACAGAACAAUCUUGAUAGCAGCUGUAUUUCAUUUUGUACAGCAAGUGGAAAAAGACAAUUAAAAACAUCACAAGUUGACACAAAACUCUGUCAGCUUCAGUUGUCAAAGUAAACAAUUUUCCAGACGCUGCAUAAAUUUUCCGCAUGAACUCACCUGUCAAAUUUUGACCAAUCAGAACACAAAAAUUGGACUUAGAGCGUGAUCAACGCGUGACAGUGAGAAAAGUAAAAAACGAUUGCCUUCCCUGCAUGUAAAAGCCGGUUGAAUUUUCGCGUCCGAGGUCAGUUCGAAAUCAAAAUUUUAAAAGUGCGGCUCAUGAACACGACUUAUUUUAUAUGCAUUUUAAAAAAAUUGAACUUGAGCCUGCGAUCAUUUGAAAAGUAGCAACUUGUCAGCGGAUAACUUCAAAAAACAAUCAAACUCAGUGGGUCGAUACCUGAGCCGGCGAUACGGUCAGGCGAUACUGGUCAGCAGAAACACUAUUUUGACAGCUGUCAUUUAAUCAAAACAUGGAUGUACAAUAUCAGGUUGCAGGCUCCCAAACUAGCUAGAAAGUGUGAGUUAAACAUUGGUAUGCCUGUGGUGCGGACGGACGGAAGGUCGGGUGGUCGAUGUAGGUCACGUGAUUGCCGAAUUUUCUAGGAUAGAUAGAUUUUCUAAGCUAUGGGUGACCUCAAUGGAUAGAAAAAUGAGCCCGCAAUACAUUCAGGUGAUGAUGGUCAGCGUAUACUCUAGUUUGACAGCUGUCAAUUAACCUUCAUUAGAAUGGCGAAUAUUCGAAUUAACAGACUACGAGUGUGAGUAAGACAUAUCCGUCCGGCUUGUAGUGGAAAAUGACAGAUCGUGUACCUGAGCGAACCUGAGCCCAAGUUAAUCUAUGCACAUAUCCCAUUUUGACAGCUGUCAAUUGACCGUAAUUUGGCUUGCCAAUAUAACUUUAAACGACUGUCAGCCGACUGACAGCCCAGCCCGGGGUAGUUUCGUUUUUAUGUUGAAUUGGUAAGUGUGACAUAUUAUAUCAGCUUAUAUGUAAGGUAAGGUAAGGUAAGGUAACUUUAUUUAAACACGGUAUUUCCUUCAGGUAUACAUUUACAUCGAAGUAUAGAAAAACUAACUUCCUAACUAAUCUAAAAUCUAAGAUAAAAACUAAAAUAAUAAAGAUGAAAAGAAAACACCUGCUUUUCAAGGAGGCCGUGUGUAAAAACAGAAAAUCGCUAAUUAAAUUAUUUGUCAAUCGAAAUUUACGUCUCUUAAUUUUCCCUUCAAUAUACUAGGGGAUGUCAAUUGCCGCACCUCCAGAGGCAAGCCGUUCCAUAACACACUUCCGCUGUAAGAAAGACUUCUUUUAUAAAAUUCAGUACGGGGUUGUGGAACAGCGAGCUUGUAUUCAUUCUCUCUAAGAUUAUAACUGGUUAAAUCGCAGCGACGAACAAAACGCGAAGUCAGAUAUAUGUAGGGGCAAAACGACUGAUCUUUGAUCUGAGCCCGCGAGAUGGUCAUGUGAUAAUUGUCAGCGGAUGUCUGUUUUUGACAGCUGUCAAUCUAAUCGUACUCAUACGGAUGGCUUACAAAACUGAAAGGCUAGUCAAGUUGUGCAAGAUCUAUUGUGACAUUUGACAUCGGCUUACAUGAAGUGUGUGUACGGGUGGGCGUACUCUACGUCAUAACCAAAUUUUCUCGGAUGGAUAGUUUACCAAAUUUUGUUACCCAUGGUGCUCCGCUGCGCGCGCUUCGCGCGCGGGAGCUCCGCUAUUAUUUAAUAGCUAAAUGUAACAGCAAGAAGCAAAUCACCUUUGAAUCUCAUUUUUCAUGUCAGACAAGAAUUGGGUCAUUGUGACUGAAAUUUUAAUCAAUGAUGCAUUUCCAUCAUCAUGGCCUUUGUGUUUUUGUUAUUUUGUUGUUGGUUCUUCUGACGGAAAAUCUUGCUCCUUAUACCUUAUUAAAGUGCUGGAACAACUAUAUUAGUUGUUAAAAGGCUUCAAACACUUACAAAAUGCAGUGCCGGGUAAGCACUUUUAUGUGGGUGGAGAUGCACCUGAGACAUCCCUUUUUCUUCUUUUUAAAUACAAUAAAUUUUGUAAAUCAAGGUGAAGCAUUGCACUUAGAGGGUUACGUAAUAAAAGUGCCUUGCCCACUGAAAGCAAUACAUGAAUGACACAGCCAAGACUUGAACCUAGACCUCUUGAUACAGAGUCCAGCAUACUUAAACAGGCUGUACCUUCAUGUCCAUGGAGUUAUGUUCAUUAUUCCUUAUUCCAUUCCUGUAUAUGUACAUUAUUUCCUUUAAAACUGGUUUAUUGAACAAAUUUAUCAUAACAUUCUUGUAUAGUGUAUUUAACAAGUAGCCAUUAAGUAAGUCAGCCACAAAAAUGAACUGACUCAAAUGUUUGCUUCAGUUUCAUGCCCAUCGACAACCAGUGGACAUGGUUAAGUUGCGUCAGUCAAUUAGGGUUAUAGAUAAAGAUGUGCCUAGGACAGACAGAGGUCAAGUUUAUUUUGAGUGAGUAAACUUUCUCCUAUUUUUUAGUCAUGAAUAACAAAUUUCUUAUGUUAUUAUGUGAUAAAAAAGAAGCCAUUGACAGAGUCUGGUCUUAGCAAGGUUAAAACAAGACUGCAGUAGUAACUUUAAUCUCUAGUUAGUGGUUGAAACUUGGUUUUUAGCCAAAGGCAGUUACAGCCAAAAUUUACCAGAUAUGCACGUUAAAUGAAAGGAGACACACUGAUUUCUUUUGUAUUUUCCUUUUCUUUUUUAAUUUAACGAUUUUUAAGUGAACAUUUUAUCCAUUUCUUCCAAGGUGCACAACUUGUGUAAUGUACCUAUAAAACUAAUUAUAGAACUGUGUGACAGAUUUGUGCAUAUUACUAAACACAUUGUGUAGUAGAUUCUUGUUUGGUUGAACUAAGGAAAGGCGGCUAUAUAUCUAAUAAAUUCAAAAAAGGCUGCUUUGUCAAUGGGUCAUUGCUAAUUGUGCAUUGGGCAUUUGGAUAUACAGAACUCGCUGCAAUAAUUUGCCUUGGAGCAACCGCCUAACAAUGGGUUCUGAGUGCGCAGUUGCCGAAUGCCUAAAAUGAACCCGGCGUUUUUAAAUCAGGCAAUUUUAAAUAGCUUUAAUUUGUCAUACAAUGUAAUCACUUUGUUGUGCGAACUUUAAACAUGAUGUUUCUUAUAGGGGAAAGGGAAAUCAGAAUCUCCUUGUUCUGAGGGAUAUUUUAAUCACAUAUAGUGCAUAUCAUCAAGGUACAUAAUUCAAACACAUAAGUAAUAUAUUAUUAUAGCGCUUAUUUCUCCAGUACUUCGGCCCAGUAUACUCACUUAGCUACGGAAAGCUGAGAGCAAUAUCUAUCAUGCAUAUUUUGAUAUGUAUGAACAUGCCUUGUGUUCUGAAUAAACUGGGUUGUCACUAGGGGUUGGGGGAUUUCCCCCGGGUAUUUAAUAGAGACCUUUAGAUUCGAGGACGAAAGCAACUGCGAGUACGAGAUUUAAUUUAAAGUUUUCGCGUAUUUUAAAAAAAUAGACACCCCGGAAUUCUUCAUUGUACUUUUUUUCACCAGAAAAGUUAGCACUGUUUUCUUUAUUGGAUGAGGUUAAGCCCUCUCCCGAUCACAAAAUGAUCAAACUUCUAACUCGUGGUAGAAUGACGAUGGCCAUCACAUUUUCCCGCCAAAAUGACGUUGGUUCGCUCGAACACUACUUAGCAUUGGGAAAAUGUUGUUCUCGUGGUCGUCCUCGUCUUAGAAUCUAAAGCUCUCUACUGUGAGAUUGACCCUUCACUAAUCUCACAUAGGAAAGUAAAAGAAACCUUAAGUUCUUCCAAGCUGUUCAAUUCCCUACCUUAAAAAAAAUCUAAGUCGUGCUUGACAGCCCUGAUAAAGAUGCAAAACAAAAAAAAAAUGUAAUGUUUUUUUUUUCGCCAUGUAUGAACUCAUCAUUUUGUUUCAAUAAAGUGACUGUACUUAAUUUCUUUGCUAGAUGUAGGUUAUGUUCAAGGGAUGAAUGACAUCUUGAGUAGAUUUCUAAUCGUCCUGGGAUCUGAAGCAGAGGCUUACUGGUGUUUUACUAAUUAUAUGGACUCUGUUAAAGGUGACUUCCUGGAUGAUGGAAUGCUGAAUAAAAUUGGUACGUAUUAGAUUAUUAACUGACUGGUAACUGUAACCUUGCACUGUUGUAACUGGGUGAAAUUGAUAUCAUGGUCUUACAUUUUAUUCCUCUCACAAACAGGCAAAUCUUUGCUCAGAAAUUUGCAAUUGCGUUUUGAUUCAUUUGAAACUGGUUACUAUAAUUAUAACCUUGCACUGUUGUGAAGACGCGGCCUGGCAUAAUGUUAUUUCCUUUAUUGCUCUUUCCAAAAGGUAAAUGUUUGCUAAAUCCACUGUGCAUUUUAAUACUAAAACACCAUCAACAAUAUCAAAAUAUGACUAUACGUUGUAAACGUAAUUGCGAGAAGCUGCUAGUUAUCAUUAGUUAACUUAUAUUGUAUAUUUUUUGGAUACUUUUUCGACUUUUAACAAAAAGGGGAAGAGUGUUUAUAAAGGAUUAAAUAAAAGCAUUUAUGAUUUUCGCUUCUCUUGCAGAACAUGUUAGAUUGUUGCUAAGAAAAAUGGACGAACAUCUUUACAAUCACUUUGAAGCUCAUGACAUGGGUGACAUGCUGUUUGUUCACAGGUGCAUUUAUAAAUAUUGGCCCCGUGAAUCGUAAUAAGGACCUUGAGAUGCGAAGACGAGGGCGAGUACGAGAUUUGACUUAACGUUUUUUCGCGUAUUCUCUAAGUCAAGACUUCCCGGAAAGCGUUAGCACUGUUAACUUUAGUGACCGAGAUUACGCACUCUCCCGAUCGCAAAAAGAUAAAACUUCUAACUUUUGAUAUCUUGUUUUUCCCACCACGACAUUCGCGCUAAAACUCGUAGUAGAAUGACGACGGCUACCACGUUUUCCCGCCAAAAUGUUGUUGGUUCACGCGGGAGUACUACGUUGUACUGAGAAAAUUUCGUACUCGUCUUAGAAUCUAAAGGUCUCUAGUGAUGAACGGUGUUGACUCGUAGGGACAAAACACUUCUCGGCAGAGUGACAGAAUAAAAUAGCCAGAGGAAAUGGUCGAAUAAUUUAUUUGAUAAGACGUUUUCAUGAAACGAAAUUCCAUGCAUGUAAGUGUGUCCUUUUCAUCUAUCGCUGCUUCCGAGCCUGUGAAAAGUUUGAAAAUCGAAUCUGAGGUACAUGUAGGGCCUCGAACCUCGUUUUCACGAUUUAGUGUAUGUAAAAAGGAUAUGAACGAGGGUGAAGCCAGUGCAUACUCUGCCAUGCCAAAUGGGGAUACUUUGCCUUGGGUUUUCCUAAUUUGUUCGUUAUAUUAUAAUCACUUUUUUUUUUUUUUUUGGAAGGUGGCUUGUUUUGACUUUUAAAAGAGAGUUUCCAUUUGAGGACGCGCUAACCAUGUUUGAGAUUAUAAGUAGCCAGCAUCUUGAAUUGUCUUCAAUGGAAGCUGAAAGAGAGCGUGAGAGACAAAGAGCUAAAGAACUAGAAAGAGAUGGUUAGUGAGUUUAUUAGUCAUAUAUUCAUCCAAUGAAGUAGGUGUAUUAUUACUUGAGUCUUACCGUGGCCUUUUAUUCCCAGUUUUUGUGAUAAGUGUCCUCUUCCCAAAAAGAGUUACCGUGUUUAUUCGAUUAACCGCCCUGGGCGCUUAUUAAAUUUUCACCAUUUUCAGCAAGUGCAGUAUGUUUAUUCUGCAACAAAAUAGUAACAAAGCAAGGUUACUGUAAAAUACUCUGAAGAAAAGUCCGUCUUCAAGAAAGUCUCUUACUUUUUCGAUUUCAAUUUCAAUCUCAUUGUCACUCAAGUCAAUAAGUGAAUUCUCUGGUGCUGUCCCCUCGAUGUCCGACAUCGUAACGUCGGCAAAUGGGUUCGUUGCCUGAGAAGCAUGGAAUCAAUCAGGAUUUGCAAUUCGUGUAUGGGCGUUUAUUAACUUUUUCUGCCUUUAGGAUGGGCCCUUUUUUUUAAGUGGCGAUCGCGACCCACCCCCUGCUUCCUCGCGCUAGACGUCAAUAAAUCUCACGCGCUUUACAUUUUGAUACGCGCGCUUGACGAUCCCUACAGAGAAUAUAGAGGGUUUAGUAGCCUGAACAUCACGCUUUUCUAGUUUGGAAGUGACGAAAAAGCGGAAAUGGCCUGAGUAUGAGUACAAAUGGCAAAAUCGACUUGAUACAUGUUAGCACGAUAGUUACAAACCUGCCUGUUCAUGUUUAAGUCUUAAUUGUGCUUUUGUUGUUGUUGUUGUUGUUGUUGUUGUUGUUGUAGGAGGGGAAUUUCAUGUUCAAGUUGUAGAUAUGAACACAAACUACUCAUUCGAAGUGUUUGUAUGCCUAGCUGUUUUAAAGGAAUACAAGAAUGAAUUGCUAAAAUCUUCAGAAAUCUCAUCGGUUUACAACACCAUUCACAGGUAACUAAAUGAGUUUGAAUAGUUUGUGAAGGUGCUAUUAUAAUCAUUAUCAUUCUAAAUGCUAUAGGUUUAGCAACGGGACUGAACUUGUAUCCUACAUGCACAAUUAUACUUAUAAUACAACAUUAUUCUUCCCGAAUACCGCCUCUGAGAUUUACUUUCGUAAAUUUGUCCACGUAGACAACGUUAAAAGUCUUGAUAACAAAUGAUUUAAUGACGCGUCCCUCGGGAGACAAGUUAAUUUUGUUUCCGUAAAGGUGAUGUUACCCGGGACGAUUCGCAAUGACGAUUUUAAUCGUAACACAGCGUUGCAACAUUGUUGCGACAUUGUUUUGAAUGCUUACAGCAUUGCUGUUUUUCGCUAAAAAUCGUCGUUGUGAAUCGUCCUCUGUAACUGAAAAAUCACCUUAAAAUCUCAAAAUGUUCCUCGGCUCAGCCUCAGGAAACAUACCCUGCGAGCAGAGGCUACAUUUCGCUGUGUGAGCUGGCGUGCGUAAAGUAGCUAGUUUUCGCACGCCAGCUCAUACCGCGAAAAUGUAGCUUCUGCUCGCAGGGCACAGGAAACGGAGAUUCUCAGGGAGCGAAAUUAACUGUUUCCCUUGGAAACAGUUUCCAAAUGUACAUGUUUAUUGUUCGUCCUUUAUACCCGGGUCUUCAGGGAGUUUAAGUAGUGACGUUUUUGAGCGACUCACGUCGACCGGAAGUAGACUUUUUGCACUCUUGCAACUUGAUUUUGUGCAAAUUUUGGGCAAAUGGUCUCUUUAAGAAUGAAGACACUUAGCAAUACCAAUAAUGGUAGCGUCAAGGCUUAUUAAAAGAGAAAAGGCUCACUUUCGGUUAACGUGCGUCGCUGGGGCUGUGUCACGGCAGUCCGCUUCAUUUUGUUUAAUUUCGCCAAUUACUCGCCCUCAAUCGCUAUAAGCAAAUUAAGCAAAGAAAUUUCAUGUAAAUGACAAAAUCAGAAAUUCGAGACUGACAAAUAUGUCUCGUGAGCAUUAUUUUUGAAGUUGCAAACAGCAGAGAUCAACUUUGAAAAACUGUUAGGCUGAACAGUUUCCAAAAACCCUGUUUCAAUCCGUUUCAAUCUUCUUCGGUUUUGUCCAUCCGUGGCAUUUGUUGUAUCUGUUGUGUUAUUUUAACCUUCAUUUAAUGUUGUAAGUGGUUACUUUUAUGUUUCUCUUAAUUUAACGAGCAUUUUGUAAUUACCUAAUUUUGCUGAAUUUCGUGACACAGCUCCUUUUUAAGCUCCCUUUCGUUGUACUUAGUCCCUCUGUAAUUGCUUUCCUUGUUAACGUUUGCGCUUUUUUCCUUCUGUUGCAGUUUAUCAAUGAAAAUGGACCUGAAUAUCAUUCUCAUGAGAGCAGAAGAGUUAUUUUUCAAAUACUGCCGUAAAUCUGUUGAAGACUGCUUUCAAGUGGUCGACCUCGAGAAGAUUUCUUGACAUCAGUCGAUGAACUGAUGAUCCCUGAGCUUAAUCCGUCGUUUACCCUAAAAAAAUCAUUUUAUUACCAAAUUCGAAAAAAGAGAAGUUCAUUUGCCCUUUUUUGAAACUGUGUUACACAGUUUUACUUGAUCGAUGAUAACUGCGUUAUCAAACAACAAGCUAAAGGAAUUUUAUAGUUCAAAAGAGUUACAAGACAGAUAUGCUCAUAUCAGAAUGUAUUUUACCUUGAAACAAUGAAGGAACAAUUCACAGCGACAUGUUCGUUUUAAGAAUUCAUACGUAAUAAAGGUGAAGUACUUACAUCUAAUUUAUGUGACCACGUCCUUUAGCAAAAGGACGAAGAAUAAAAAUUAUAAUGGGAAAAAAGAAAAAAAAAUGGUAGUUCAUUUAUAGAUUUACUAUGUUUUAAAAAUAUGUAUAAGUAUUAAUUUGUUUUUGUUUGACUCACAAAGUUAUUUUGAACGGUGAGCUUUACACAUAGUAUCUUUUAGAUGUAUAUUUAAUUUGUUUUGUAUAUAUACCAAAAGCGCUUUACUGCAGCCGAAAAAGAUUAUUUGGAUUCCUCUUGUGCGUACCUUCUUUUGAUGCUGUUUUAAAAUUAUUUCGCCGAAUCUUCAGGUAACAGGAAAGAGUUUGUAAUAUAGUCUUAGAUGUUGCAAGUAA